AUGGCUCACGAAGAACUUCUUGAUCUUCUCCACGCUAGCGGCAUUGGUUUCAAAGGUGUUGUUGGAUUUGACCACGUCGACCAACGCCGUGGCGGCUCCGCCGCUAUUACGGUGGCAGUAGAGGAGGAGAGCUUAAGGGGAUGGGGUUGCAAGUGGGUUCUGGGUUCUGCGGGUUGGGAGAUGGGGGUGGGUUGCAAGUUGGGUUGCCAUAUGGGUUUUGAGGGGGUGGGCUAA